AAUCUCCACCCAAAUUUCCCAAAAGUACCCCUGUAUUCUUUAAAACUACGACCCCCCUCGCCCAUCCCACGCUCCCACGUCUCUCUCUCUCUCUCUCUUCUCUAGCCUUCGCAUUUUUCUCCCUCUAGUUCUUGAUUACGAUCAGAUGCAUCAGGUGUGCGGUGGAGGCGGCGAGGGCAAGGUCGCCUGCGAGACCCUUGCCGACGGUGGAGGCCGGCCGGAGGCUGCGGCGACGGAGGACCCGGACCUUCCGGCGGAGUCGGUCCGGGUCCGGAUCGGCGACGAGAUCGACUGGACGGACUUGAACGUCGUUUACGAUCGGGACGAUUCGACGAAGGGAAACACCAAUCCGAAGUCGCAAAACUCGAACGGUAAGCCGCCGAGGUCGAAUUCGCAGCGGUUUUCCGGGAAUUUGAAGACGAAGGGGCCGAUCCUAGGGCUGCCAAACAAGAUCCAACAUUCCGGCUACCUCGGCCGCAGUGCGCGGCGUCCGGCGAAUGGAAGGAUCUUUCCCAAGAAGAAGCCGCCCGGUGGGGGCGGCCGGAAGUCGGCGGUGCCGGAGGAGGAGCCGGGGUCGCCGAAAGUGUCGUGCUUCGGGAAAGUUCUCUCCGAGAGGGAGCGACAGCGAUGCCGACAGCAGGGUCAGCGGUCGACUCCGGCGGCGGCGGAGGAGGGGGAGGAAAAGAAUAGCGGGUGCUGGGCGAGCCUUGCGGCGGUGUUCAGAUGCGGUGGGGUAGAACGGGCAGCGACGGUGGAGUGCGUGGAGGAGUCGGCGGCGUCGCCGCCGUCGGGCGGAGGUGCGGCGAAGGGGAGGGGGCUUCCACCGCCGGAGAUGGCGGCCCCGGGGCUAGGGGAAAUGAGGCGGUUCGCGUCGGGGCGGAGGCUGGCGUCGUGGGACGGUGAUUUGGAUCUGGAGGCGGAUGACGGGGGACACGUGGCGUGGUCUGGGCCGUUGGAUGGGGAGGGGAUGUGGGCCCGGCGGUCGGUGGGUUCGUUGGAGGACGCAGACCGGGACUGGGAGGGCGACGGUUCGGCCUCCGUCUGAACAAGGUUACGGUGGUCCAUCCGCCGGCGUACUUUAAUCCUUCGGGUGUUUUGUUUCUUUGAUAUGAAAUCUCUCUCUCUCUCUCUCUCUCUCUCUCUCUCGAUCUGUGAAUAAUUAGAUGCUUGUGAGAGUGGUUGGAUUGUUUUUGUUAUUCUUAUGGACGUUUCUUUUGAUUUUUCCGUUUCUCGGCUGGUGGUGUAUUUAUUCUCAUGAAUUGAAAUGGAGAGGAUUUUGUAUCCACUGAA